CGCUGUUCUGACUUGCUUUUUGCUGCCUCUUUCUUCUCCUCUCUCUUCUAGCUUAGCUCCUUGCCUUCUGGUACGACCCCCAGCAUGGAGACCGAUCACUCUGAAGGGCUCUCAGCUGAACCGCAGGCGGCGCCCGCAGGAGACAGCUCCUCACCACCCAGCCCAAACCACCUCCAGAAGCACAACAGUCAGGACGCCUCGGCUCCACUGCACACACCGAGCAGGGAGGCAAGCAGGCCCCCCGACAUCUCUGAAGAGUUGAACCGACAGCUGGAAGACAUCAUCAACACCUACGGCUCAGCCGCCAGCACGGCAGGGCCAGGGGGCCCCGCCAAGGCGCAGGAGCCGCCCGAGAGCGCAGAACCGCCCGACCACGAGGAUGCCGACUGUGAAGAAACCACCGAGGAGGCUGCUUCUGGGGAGCCAUCCACAGUCAGAGAGCCUGUCGGCAACCGGGAGCAGAAAUUGGAAAAGAAAAUCCUGAAAGGAUUAGGUAAAGAAGCCAGUCUGCUAAUGCAAAAUCUGAACAAGCUGCAAACACCUGAAGAAAAGCUUGAGUUUUUAUUCAAGAAGUAUGCUGAAUUGCUGGACGAACAUCGCACUGAGCAAAAGAAGCUCAAGCUCCUGCAAAAGAAACAGGCGCAAAUCCAAAAGGAAAAGGACCAGUUACAGGGGGAACACAGCAGAGCUGUCCUGGCUCGGAGCAAACUGGAGAGUCUGUGCCGGGAGCUGCAGAGACACAACAAGACCCUGAAGGAAGAGACCCUUCAGAGGGCACGCGAGGAGGAAGAGAAAAGGAAGGAGAUCACGAGUCACUUCCAGGGCACCCUGACCGAUAUCCAGGCUCAGAUUGAGCAGCAGAGCGAGCGAAACAUGAAGCUCUGUGAGGAGAACACGGAGCUCGCAGAAAAGCUGAAAAGCAUCAUUGAUCAGUACGAGCUCCGGGAGGAGCAUCUGGACAAAAUAUUUAAACACAGAGAACUGCAGCAGAAGCUGGUGGACGCGAAGCUGGAGCAGGCGCAGGAAAUGAUGAAGGAAGCGGAGGAGCGCCACACACGGGAAAAGGAAUAUUUGCUGAACCAGGCAGCAGAGUGGAAACUUCAGGCCAAAGUGCUGAAGGAGCAAGAGACGGUUCUCCAGGCUCAGCUUACGCUCUACUCCGGAAGGUUUGAAGAAUUCCAGAGCACACUGACAAAGAGCAACGAAGUAUUUGCCACUUUCAAACAGGAAAUGGAUAAAACAACUAAGAAAAUGAAGAAGCUGGAAAAGGACACAGCCACGUGGAAAGCCCGGUUUGAGAACUGUAACAAAGCCCUGUUGGACAUGAUUGAAGAGAAAGCACUGAGAGCUAAAGAAUACGAGUGCUUCGUGAUGAAAAUUGGGAGGCUAGAGAACCUCUGUCGUGCUUUACAAGAAGAGAGAAAUGAACUCUACAAAAAAAUCAGAGAGGCAAAAACGUCUGAAAAGGAUGACCAAAGUCAGCACACCUCCGAUGAAGAGCCAGAGUCCAAUGUCUCUGUAGAUAAAAAGAUUGAUCCAGAAGAGGCCGAUCGUGUGCAAAAUGCUGUGCAGAAUCUGGCUACGGCCUUCAUGGUAAUUCAUCAUCCACAGUCAACCACACCAGAGUCCAAAGAAACCCAACCACAAUUGGGCAUUCCUCAUGGGAGUUGUAACACUACACUCAAGGAGCCACAGCAACCCCAUCUGGUUGAUUCAGGGGAGUCAGAGAGUCCCUUGCCUCCCCCCACUCCUCAGGCUGAAACCCCAGGAGGCAGUGAGACAGAACCUCCCUCCACGGCUACUAAUCCCCCUGCAGGGUCAGAAGCAGAAGCCCAGGGUGAGGGUCUCCCCACUGAAGCCCAAGCUCAGCAGCAGUUCUGUAAGCCAGAGGCAGAAGCUUCAGGUCAGGCCCCUGAGUCCCCAGCCCAGGCCCCACUACAGGGAGUGGAGUCGAGUGGCCCUGUGCCACCAUCCCCAGCAGAUGGGCAAGGGUCAACUGGGGUGCCCGGAGGUGAGUCCAGUAGGCAACCUCCUGCAGCAGCAGCUGGGGAGCUGUCUCCAGGGGCCUUGGCCAGGCCCCACCUACCAGAGGUGACAGACACCAAUCUGGAAGGUGUGGACUAG